AUGCCAAAUCAGCAAUCCAUGGACACGUUAAAGAAGAAGAAUCACACCACCAGCAGCAACAAGAAGAAGAACGAACUUGCUGCUGUCAGUAAGAACCGUCAACCAAGAAAACUUCGAAAGCAACUCGACAUUCUUGAUUUCAAAAAGAAUUAUUUCGAACUGGAUCUGAAGAGCACUUCUGGUGAUGAUCAUGUCCCUUCAGCUCCACUAGAAGUUCCACUUCUCAAAUUUGACAUCCUUUCCACCUCUAUUCAUUCCUCUUUGGAUAAAGAAAAAGCCAAAAGCUUGAUGAAGAGAUUUUAUUGUCCAAAACGGAUGGAAUCCUCUGAACCAACCACAACAACUUCUUCUUCCUCGUUGAUCUCCUCUGUUGUGGAUGGUUGCCCUGAUCAAGAGAUUUCACAAAAGAAGAAGAGAAAAUUGAAUCAAACAGAGGAGAUGCAUUCAUCUUUGGAUCAGAUGAAUUCAAACUCAUCCACACCACCACUCCGCAGUGAGUGCAACUACAAGGUGAGAGGCGAGCAAUCGCGAUGUGGUGUUUCAUCUUCAAAAUGUUUGGACAAGAUGACUUGCAGUCGUGGUCAUGAUAGCUCCAACCAAGAGUGUCCAUUAUUACCUUUCAUGUCUCAACAAGUGUCAUUGACAGAAUAUUUGAGCAUCAUUAAGCGACUGUCUCAUGUUCCUGACAUGCAAGAAACAAAUCAGCCAUCAAUACAAGUCCCAUCGACCAAUGAAAACCAUGAUGACAGUUUCGCACUUCUUUCUCCUUUUACCUCUUUACAAGAACAACAACCACCAUCCUCCACUUUUGAUCUGUUUCCUAAUACCUCUCAACAAAUGCAACCACAACCAUUACCUCAACUACAACAACAACCAUUCCGAGUACACCCACUGAAUCAAGUCCAGCAAUGGUAUGCUGGAGAAGUGGAUGUAACCAACAACAACAAUACUUCUUCUUCAAGCGCUUGUUCUGUUCAUUCCUUUUCUCACCACAAAAACCUCUCUGAAUUGGAAUUGUAUAAUAUCAAUAACCACCACUCCAACAACAACAAUUUCAUGAUUCAUGAAGGUAAUUGUGGGUGGAACAAUCAAACCUUGAUGAAUACCUUUCCCAUAAUCUCUAAUACCAGCAUGGCAAACAAUUCUUCCACGUAUAAAGUUUCAUUUGUACAACCAGAUCGAGCCACCGACACACAGAUUCAAGAAUCAACUCCCCCAACGCAUGAACACUUGUUGAUUCAGAACAACCAAAACCUCUUUCCAACUUUUUUGAUCUCUGGUCACCUAUCUUGUUCUUCUGAUACCACUAUUGAUGCUUCUUCAUUGUCGUCAACAUUGGAUGUGAAUGCCAUGUUAAAACAAGUACUUGUCCAAUUAUUAAUGGAAGCAAUCACUGCAAAUGGUAACAGCAAUGAAGCGACUCCUUCUUCUGUUUCAUUCGAUCACUCUAUGCAUGACCAUUCGUCUUAUCUGAACCUUUCUGAUGAUGCCAAUUGGACACCAGUGGAUAGUGAUCAAUCAUCAUCGCCAAACAUUAGUGGAAAUGUCCAUUCUGAUCCCUCUCUGGGUGAUUUCAUUGGAGACGACCAAAUCAUGUGA